AUGGAGGCUCGGAGAGCCGCUUUGGAGGAGAGGCUAGCCGCCAACGAGGAGAGGAAGUUGGCUUUGGAGGAGAAGAAGCAAGCCAAUGAGGAGCAUCUACGCCUAGUGGAGGAGGAGAGGAAGCUCUUCUUGAUGGAUACUUCCAACUUGGAUGAAAGGAAAAAUGAGUACAUCAACCUUGCUCGCGACGAAGUGUUGGCCAAGAAGAGAUUGUUGGUGGCCAACAUGAACACACCCACGAUCGGCAUGCUUGGAGGAGGCAUAUCCAUGUUUGGAGGAGGCGUGGGAGGCAUGCCCGGUGUGGGAGACAUGCCAGGCAUAGGAGGCUUUGGAGGCAUGGCCGGCAUGGGAGGACCAAGAAAUGGAGGAGUCUUCGCAGGGACUAAGGGAGCAUCGGUGAAUGAUGUGUAUGGAGCCAUGGGAGCACCAGCGGGAGGAUUCGUCGCCUAUAUGGAUCCUACUAUUCCUCAUUCAAGUCAAGGUGUCGAUAAAGAAGAAGCAAAAGAUGGCGAUGACUUGAAAAAUGUCGAAGUGUGA